AGCUAGCAGAGGAGGGACCAUAAAAACGACCUGAUGGGUUCUGGGAAAGCCUUCCUCUUCUCUCCUUCGCUCCUGUGGAGUCAAACUAGAGGAGUGAGGUUGAUGUUCCUGUUACUAACCCUGCAUUUGGGAAACUGUGUUGAUAAAGCGGAUGAUGAAGAUGAUGAAGAUUUAACCAUGAAUAAAACAUGGGUCUUGGCACCAAAAAUUCAUGAAGGAGAUAUCACACAAAUUCUCAAUUCAUUACUUCAAGGUUAUGAUAACAAACUUCGUCCAGACAUAGGAGUGAGGCCCACAGUAAUUGAAACUGAUGUUUAUGUAAACAGCAUUGGACCAGUUGACCCAAUAAACAUGGAGUACACAAUAGAUAUAAUUUUUGCCCAAACCUGGUUUGACAGCCGCUUAAAGUUCAAUAGCACCAUGAAAGUGCUUAUGCUUAACAGCAACAUGGUGGGAAAAAUCUGGAUUCCUGACACUUUCUUCAGAAACUCAAGAAAAUCUGAUGCACAUUGGAUAACAACACCUAAUCGCCUGCUGCGGAUUUGGAGUGAUGGAAGAGUUCUAUACACUCUACGAUUAACAAUUAAUGCAGAAUGCUAUCUUCAACUUCAUAACUUUCCUAUGGAUGAACAUUCCUGUCCACUGGAAUUUUCAAGCUAUGGAUAUCCUAAAAAUGAAAUUGAGUACAAGUGGAAAAAGCCCUCUGUGGAAGUGGCGGAUCCUAAGUACUGGAGGUUAUACCAGUUUGCAUUUGUAGGAUUACGAAAUUCAACUGAAAUCUCUCACACAAUCUCUGGAGAUUAUAUUAUUAUGACAAUCUUCUUUGACCUGAGCAGGCGGAUGGGCUAUUUCACCAUCCAGACCUACAUCCCAUGCAUUCUAACAGUUGUUCUUUCUUGGGUUUCCUUUUGGAUCAAUAAGGAUGCAGUACCAGCCAGAACAUCACUGGGUAUCACUACAGUCUUGACUAUGACAACCCUCAGUACAAUUGCCAGGAAAUCUUUACCUAAGGUUUCUUACGUGACAGCAAUGGAUCUUUUUGUCUCUGUUUGUUUUAUUUUUGUGUUUGCAGCACUGAUGGAAUAUGGAACCUUGCAUUAUUUUACUAGCAAUAAUAAAGGAAAAACCACCAGAGAAAGGAAGCAUAAAAACAGAACAUCGGUAUCCCCAGGUCUCCAUGCUGGAUCCACUCUGAUUCCCAUGAAUAACAUUUCUCUGCCUCAAGGAGAAGAUGAUUAUGGCUACCAAUGUUUGGAGGGCAAAGAUUGUGCUAGCUUUUUCUGCUGCUUCGAAGACUGCAGGACAGGGUCCUGGAGGGAAGGACGGAUACACAUACGCAUAGCCAAAAUUGAUUCCUACUCGAGAAUCUUUUUCCCGACAGCUUUUGCCUUGUUCAAUCUGGUUUAUUGGGUUGCAUACCUUUACUUGUAAAUUCCACUAAUAGAUAAAAAUCAUAAAUGUAUGGCCUAGACCAAUAGACUCAGUUUUAUUCUAGUAACAUGAAAUUUAAAUUUAAAAUAGAAGCGUCUAUUGGUAAAAAUCUGAAUCAUACUGUUAUAAGACUAGGGCUUUCAUACACGAAUAAGGCGGAAGUAUUCAGGUUAAUUUAUCUAAAUGGACAUGAAAACGGAUUGUCAAGUAUAACACACUGAAAUUAUAAUGUAUAUUUUUACUUUACUUUUCUUUAUUUUGCUUGUAUUUUAUUAAUAUUGGAACUUAAUACUUCUGUGAGACAUAUUUUGAAUAUGAAAUAAUUUUAAUACAUAUUUUAUUUAAAUAUAACUAUUGCUUAUAACGAAAGAUUGAUGCCUAGUAUUAAAGUACUCUUUGCCUAGAUUAGACAUUAAUUUGAUUUUAUUUCUUGUUUUUACUUGCCCUCUUUGGGAUAUAGAUUGUUUAAAACAAAGCCAUGAUUUUCUCGAAUUUAUUUCCAUGAUACAUUACUCUUGAGAAGAAAAUAAUAUGUGUAUUAAUGCCUUUUAAAUAAUUUCCCUUUGUGAGCUGUUAAUUUGUAAUUGUAUAUGUUAUGGAUUUACAGAAUAAACAGUGCUGUUGUGUCUUAUGUUGGAUAUGUGAAACAAUUAAAUCAAGCUACUUGGCAACUACAAUUUCUAAAAUGGCCAGUUUUAUCUGUAAUCCACUUGCUUUCCUGCUCAAGCGUUAAACAAAAAUCAAGCCACAUUUAAUUUGAAGAUUUUCAAACUUGGAUAGAAAAUACUAAAGCCAUUUUUUUUUGCUUUGUUUGUACUGCAAGGUGAGAAAAAUAUCAAAGUUAUUUUCGGCCUUGUAGGAUUUAUAAGGCAUAAAGAGGUUAAAAAUGUACCAACAAAAAAAUCAAGUGGGAAAUGUUCCUUUUUCUCAUUAUGUACUACAAAGAGGAGUAUUACAAGUUCAAAGGAGCAUUACGUCAAAGUGUUUGAUUUAACUCUGCUUAAAGAGUCUUCUAGCAAUCUAAGCUUCAGGUUGUCUUUGAAGAUAGACUUAAAUAUAUUCUAUUGACAUUUUAUAAGGCAGAUAUAUUUGGGAAACCUUGUCAGAAUGUUUUAUAUACCCACUGAAAUCCGAGGUGAGCUUUACAGUGUAGUAUAAUCACUGGGUUUUCUCUUCUAGAUAUGUGGGAAGCUGCAAAAUUCACUUUACAAGCGGACUUUGUGAGAGGUACCUGUAAUGGACUUGAGUAAGGACAUCUCAAAAUCCCUCCAGUGAGGAGAAGAAAGACUGUAGAGAGACUCAUUGUAGGGAAAGUCAAUGCUACAUCUGGGAGCAGAGGCUUCAGCUUAGAUAUAAACAGUAGAAAUCUUCGCUGUGGUUCUAGAGAGAUGACUCAGCAUAUAAGGGCAUUUUAUGCUCUUGCUGAGGACCCAGGUUCAGUGCCCAGCAUCCACAUGACAGUUUACAACAAUCUGUAAUGCUUCGAAUUAGAAGUUCUCUUCUUGUGUGGCUGCGCAUGUACUUGGUAUACACACAGACAUGCCGGCAAAUGUUCACACACAGUACAAAUAAAUACGUAAAUCUCAGAAAUGAAGAAAUGUUCAAUGUUCACAGCAGACAUCAUAAUGAGUUUUCUUAUGGAAGGGCAUGUUGAGUUUGGAGAGGAAGCUGCCAUGGGCAUGUUUGACACACAUGUUUGUAUUUCAAUAAUUGCUCCCUGUGGUGUGGCAGUCUCGUGACGAAGCUUCGAAUGUAUCACAAUGUGAAUUUGCCAGCUAAGUAAUCUUCCAUCAUUCUCACAAACCUCUAAAAAAUACACAGGAUUUGAAGGACAAUAAAUAUUAACUUUUUUAAAAAAAUAAAGUGCCAAAUAAAGUUUUGGCUAUAUGUACACUAACUUUUAGAUAUUCCACUCAUUUUUGUUGACAUUAAAUAUUCAUAUAUGUUUGUAAGAUGAACAUUCACGUAAGGGAGAAAUGAAAUAUGGAGUAUCUGUUAAGACAUAACAUGCUUCAGUAUAUUUUUAUGGCUAUUUUCCAUAUUUGUAGUGACGGCUUGCUCAUCGUUAAUGGUGUUUAAUUUAGUGGCUCUUUGAAUUGUAUCUAAGCAUGACUAAUUGUUAAAAUACUUUUAAAUGCUUGA